UGUCUCACUCGGCUAACGCGUAGCCGCGUCAGUUUUUUUUUUUCUUUACGUUGAUCGUGACAGAAAGUGCGAUUUCAUAUGAUUUAUUUAUUUGUGAUCGUCCGUUACUUGACAUUGUGAUGGUGAACGAUUAAUGUCGAAUAGAUUAAAUUAGAAUUAAAUGGAAUAAUUAAAUUAUUUGGUUCAAUGAAAGUGUUAUCUUCGAGAUUUAAAUUGAAACUUUUCGAAGUAUUUUGGUAAUUUUACGCGAGAGAUAUGUGCUGUUUAAUGUUUCGAAAGAAGUGUGUCAAACUGAAGAAAUCAUUAAAGAAUGUCUCGCAGCUUUAAUAAUAUUAUAAGUAAUAAAGUAGAGAGAGAUAGUUGAGAAGUUUAAACUUGAUACACUUGUUCUUAAUUAAUUCCUUUCAAGAUAAUGGAAUCGUGGAUUACGUAAAGAAAACGAUAUCGCGAGAUCAAAGGAGCAUAAUAAUAUCUCGAGGAUGAAAUCAGGACGUUGAGAGCGAUUGCUCAUCGCUCACGAUUUGAUUACAGAUGCGAAAUCAAGGAAGCAUUCAGGUGAUAAAUCAAAUUAACUCCGGAUAAACUCGAUCCUAGUUUCCGAUCGUGCACGUCUUUCCAUCAGAAGAAAUACUUGACGUUCGCCAGCACUGUCCUGACACACGACCUUAGGCAAUCCGUCGUGAUCUAGAAAGGAAUCUUAGCGAAAACAAUUGUCCUUUCACAAUAACUUGGUUUAAUCGAUUCAUAUUUCGAUCCGAAAUCGUAGUGAGACCGUCGCGGAGCAAGAAACUAGAGAACGAUCGCUUUUUCGUAAGCCCAAGAAAGUUGUCGUGUAUUAAUUCGGAAUGGAAACGGUGAAAUAUUAUGCUAGAUUCAUAGAUCCUCACUGGAUAACUGUGGUGGCGACAGGAUUGUACACGCAUCUUCGACACAUUUGCAUAAUCGGGCUGUGUUUCGAGGAGGAAGAAACUCUGCCUUUUGAUCCGUCAUACGCAUCGGUACUCUUCGUCUUCUCGGUUUUAUGUUUGUUAGCGGAAUACAGAUUGUGGCCUAUAACUCUCAAAGAACCACCGAUUCAGUUGCUGUAUAUUUACGAAAUGUUGAUAGCUGCAUUGAGUACCAAUUUAGCAAUUCGUAUGGUAUGGAUACCAAUGAUGGAGGCAAUUUUUUGUCUGACUCAAGAAUCUAGUAAAUGGUUGUUUUGGUUGAAUACAACGAUAGGUCUGGAUGACUAUUCUUGGUUGACCACAAUAGCGGAUUAUAUGGCCACAGAAAGCGCAGCGACGUACAUGGCGUUUUGCAUGUCGUUAUUGUCCUUCGUAUGGAUGCUGGACGCCACCGAGUCCCUGGACACGUUUCUGGAUACGUGGAGCAAGUAGUGAAUUCUGACAACUUCAAAAUCUUAUCCGCAUAAUUGUCACUGACAUGUAAUAAAACUAUAAUGCAACUUUUUUUUUUCAUUUAUGAAUACGUCACAAUAUUUCAUCUUAAGGAAAAAAAAAUUGGCUCCCUCGAGACACUUUAAGUCUCUUUAUAAUAUUUAAAACAAAUUCUAAUUUAUUAAAUUCGUUAAAAUCUUUAAAUAAAAAAUUUUAUUCACGUUUUAUUAUUCAUAAAAGAUGUCAAGUGCAUUAUAAAUUCCACAAUUGUCUAAUCUAAUAACAAUUUCUCUUGUUCUCUGGAAGACGUUUACAAUUCGUGAAUGUAGCAAAACGUCGCAAACGUAAAAACAAGAGGAUUGCGUUCAAGAAUCCUGAAGUGACCCAAUCGAUCUUUUAUCGGGUUUGUCGAAUGAAUCCGUUUACGACAAAUCACAGUU